AUGGCAGGCAGCCAGAGCAACUCUGGCGAUACAGACGCUGAUGUUCAAGAGCAACUACUCAACUAUCCAUCCGAACGCAAUACAAGCAAGCGCGCAGAAACUAUAUCCCCAGGAGCGAAGUUUACUGCUGAACACCUUAUGCGACACUGUCCAUACACAGUCACGUUUGACUAUAUCAACCCAUCUCUCUGGGGUGUACCCGCACCAGAGGAUGCAGACGAGACGCACGCAACAACCUGGGUCGCGAAGGCUAUCCACGACUACCAUGUAGGAAUGGAAUGGGAUGAGAGACUAUACUUCGACUACCAAUGGGACUUUGAAGGAUGGACACGAGAGCUAUUCCAGAAGGUUGAGCGCACUACGCUAAGAUCUCUGAAGACUGUGCUCCGGUAUAGGGGAGUCUAUACAGGCAAAUUUCGGGCUAGAGUAGCUGAUUCCCUCUUCAACUUACUAGGAGGAGAAAACGCUCCCGAAUGGGACCCUGCAGAGUUCAAGGCCGAGAAGUUUGACGAACGUUCUGAGGCGUACCAGCCCACUGCAACAGACGCAGCCACUGGAACCGCUACAGCCGCAGCCACAACGUCCGUCACAGGGCGAGCAGUAUAG